AUGACGGAUAAUAGGUCGCCCGUAGUGCUACCACUCUCAAUGGACCUUCAGCAUCUCGAGUCCAUGAUCGACGACCACCAGCAGCACAACACGAAGCGGUCCAAGAACAAGACCCCCACGUACGAGGGUACGCUCGAAGGGUGGUCGCCUGCGACAAAGCCGAAUACGUCGGAGACCGAGUCGAGUAUGGACCAGUUGAGUCUCGAUCCAGCCGCUGCUAUUGCUGCUGUUGCUGCUGCUGCUACUGCUACUGCUACUGCUGCUGUUGCUGUUGCUGCUACUGCUACUGCAAGGGCUGAGCAAUUGACUGCGGCGCCUGACGACAAUCGGCUGCGGACCGACUCGACGGACAACACCAAUAGUCCCGACGCAGCACCUGUCGCUACGCUCGAGACGGCCAAAGCACUGGACAAGAAGCAGUUGUCGAAAGCCGAGCGGAAAAAGUUGGCGGCCGAAGCGUUCGCCAAGACGGGCGGCGUGCCGAAGCGCGAGAAGCUGACGAAAGCCGAGCGACGGGCGCAGCAGGAGGCCAGUCGGAGCAAGCAGGAGGGUCCGGCCAAGCACAAGCUCAAGCACAAGCAGACUGGCGAUGCUGUGGCGGCCAGUCCACUGGCAGCAGGUGCUUCUGCGCUUGGUGCGACGAUGGCCAGUGCUGCUGGCAGUGCUGCGGUUGGCGCUCUGCUACCGUCGGUUCCCGUCGUGCACGCGCGCCUGCAGUACGACGACGCCAAGAAGAUCGCCCGUCGCGCCAAAGCAGCGCUUGUGGUGCGGACGCAGGCGCAGAAACAAGUCGAGAUGUUUUCGCAUUUGCCGCAGUACGAGCGCGAGAGCUCCUUGUCGCUGAACGUGGGCUUUUCGAACAAGGAGGAGGUGCAUCCGGCCGUGCUGGCGCUCGGGCUCAAGUACGCCGAGAAGAAGAUCUCGGGGAGCAAUGCGCGGUGCGUUGCCAUGAUCACGGCGUUCCAGCAGGUCAUUCAGGACUACGUGACGCCACCGGACAAGCAGCUGGGUCGCGACCUGGACAAACGCCUUCGGCCGCUCAUUCAGUACCUCAUUGACUGCCGACCACAUGGCAUUGGCAUGGGCAAUGCCAUUCGCCGUCUGCGACGUGUCAUUGGCUCGAGUCUGCCGGAAUGGAGCGAAGAAGAAGCAAAGCGUCGGAUCUGUGAGGAGAUGGACGACUACGUGCAGACCCGUAUUUUGCUCGCCUCGCGGGUCGUCUCGAAGAACGCCCAGUCCAAGAUCAGCGCUGGUGACGUGAUUCUCACCUACGCCCGCGCCAACGUGGUCGAGAACCUGCUGCUUGAAACGGCCAAGUGCUCGCCCGAGAUCGCUGCGACGCUGCGCGUGAUCGUUGUGGAUUCGCGUCCGCACUAUGAAGGGCGGAAGCUCGUGAGUGUGCUGGCGAACGCAGGUCUGCAGUGCUCGUACCUGCAGAUCAACGCGCUGUCGUACAUCAUGCGCGAGGUCACAAAGGUGUUUCUCGGAGCUGCUGCGUUCAUGAGCAACGGCGUCGCCGUGGCACGCGUCGGUACGGCACUCGUCGCGAUGACGGCGCACGAAGCGAACGUGCCUGUGCUGUUUUGCUGCGAGACGUACAAGUUCUCGGAGCGAGUGCAGCUGGACGCGAUUACCCACAACGAACUGGGCGACCCGGAUGAGCUGGUGUCUUCGUACUGCACGGACAAGCCGCGCUCGCGACGUCGACCGGGUGUUGGAAGCGCUGCGACCGACACGGCAUCCAGCAGUUUUGUGAGCGGCGGCCACAUCCUCUCGGACUGGCGGGACCUGGCCGACCUCAAGUUGCUCAACCUCGUGUACGACGUGACGCCGAUUGAUCAUGUCUCGAUGGUGGUCACGGAGCUCGGCAUGAUCCCGCCCACGUCGAUUCCGGCGGUGCUACGUGAGUACUCUCGAGAUGGCCUCGUGGACGGACCGCUCUAG